AUGUCCAAGACCGCCCUCCUCAAAGUCAUCCUCCUGGGCGACGGCGGCGUGGGCAAGUCCUCGCUCAUGAACCGCUACGUCACCAACAAGUUCGACUCCCACCUCUUCCACACCAUCGGCGUGGAGUUCCUCAACAAGGAGCUGGAGGUGGACGGCCACGUGGUCACCCUCCAGAUCUGGGACACGGCGGGACAGGAGCGCUUCCGUAGCCUCCGCACCCCCUUCUACCGGGGCUCCGACUGCUGCCUCCUCGCCUUCAGCCUGGACGACGGGCAAAGCUUCCGGAACUUGGCCAACUGGAAGAAAGAGUUUGUUUACUACGCAGACGUCAAGGAGCCCGACAGCUUCCCGUUCGUGGUGCUGGGGAACAAGCUGGACGUCCCGGAGAGGCAGGUGUCCGCGGAGGAGGCGAGGAGGUGGUGUGCGGAGAACGGAGGGCAUCCUUACUUUGAGACCAGCGCCAAAGAUGCUACGAACGUGGCGGGCGCUUUCGAGGAGGAGGUGAGGUGGGGGGGCGGUGAGGAGGGUUCUGGCUCAGGACGACCGAGCCGAGCAGCUCAUUCACACAAACACUGUGGACAUCCAGAAGAAAAACCACCACAACCAACAGUGCUGCUAAAACACACCUAG